AUGAAGCUCGUCAAUUCUACAAACGAAGGCAAUCGCCAGAAUGGCCUUGACAGCUGGAUAUGCAAACGUUGUCGUAAGAGGAAUCAAGCGGCUGAAAUUGGCAGCAAGACUGCAGUUCAAUUGCUGAGACCGAAACCGGACGACAACCAACAGCCACUGCCCACCGUUCAGGCGCAAUCAUCGUUGGGGCUUGCACUUCCGAAGGACGAGAGGAAAAUCGAUCCGGAUGUUGUAACUCGCAGCGGUGGGCCAGCAGGACCUAGCAUUGAGGCGACCGCACAUAUACUCCAUACCAAAAGCACACAACACAACAACCGCGGCAGCCAGCACCAACAACAGCAGGGUGGUCAAAUGGGAAUCAUAGAUAACAAUAAACUUCUGACGACUACAGUUAAAAGCCUCCAAGUGAAACGUGUGCUCAAAGAACAGCACCUUGAUGGUCCUAGAGCAGAUGGUGACUAUCCCCGUACAACAGAGCUUUAUCCAGAUAAGCCUGCUGUGCCUUUCAAGUACGCCCGUGCUCCAGAUGGAAAGAAACUCGUCUCGUCCGGGUAUCUACCAAACAUGGAGCAGCUUGAAUAUGUCAAGUGUGUAAAUCCUUCACACAUAAAAGAAUCUAUGGCACAAAAAGAAGAUACGCCUCUCUCUCGCUCUGUCACUUUAUUCUCCGAAAGGGUUCACUCUCCAUUCACCUCACUGUCUGUUAGAGAAGAGAAAGACGUCCACCAUGAUUCGAUGGUGAAGGAUCCUUGUGGAAAUAGACAGGAACCGGGAACUCGUCCAAAUAGUCCUCCAGGAACCUCCGUUGGACAUGACGACAUCCACAUGAAGGAUGACAGUGAUGAUCUCUAUGCACCUCCUGUCCCUCGGUCUAGUGGUUCAACCCCUGUUCCAUCCAGCUCGGCAACGUCUAACGAGCGCCAAGGAGGUUCCGUAAUGCAAGAAAGUAACCAGACGAUCCAACAACAAGGAGUCGUUCAAUCGCAUCCACAACCCGAAGGCCCGAGCAGCCUUGAGGUCGGACCUGAGUUUGGAGUGCAAACAUCUUUUCCUGACAUGACUCAACAGCAAACACCGAAGGCAGAGGCAGAACCAUUGCUGGGCCAUGAUUGGUUGAAAGCUCGAUACUCAGUUGCUAAUGAUUCAUGGCGCCCUUUUUGCGAUCCACAACGUGAAAGAUAUGGCGUCAGCAGACGCAAGCAAUGCACGGCUAAAUUUCUUGGUGAUCCGUUGGCGACAACAGAUCGAGAACUGCUUUGGCUUUUUUUCAGUCACGACUGGAUUCAUCAAAAACAACUCAAUAUUUGA